AUGUCUCGUUUCAAUCUGGGCGUUUGUCGAUCUACAACCGUGGCAACGACCGAGAAUUACGGCAGUUCUGAUUGGGAUCUGCCGCUAAGCUCACUCCUUCCCCCUUCCGCCCUCGGAAAACGGCGCCGGCUCUGUCCAGAGGGAAACCCUUCUCCGCCUCCCCUGAAUCUGUUCGGAAAACUGAUUGACGACCUCGUCGUCGAGAUUCUGAUCCGCCUCCCCAAUCCUAGAUCCUCCUGCCGCUGCAAAGCCGUCUGCAAGCGGUGGAGAUCCCUCAUCUCCGACCCCAGCUUCAAUCGCCGUAUUAUUUCUCAUCACCGGAGUAGGUACCGACCAGCAGCUCUGUUUGUUCCCGCACACGAUCCCCUGUCCAUCCUCAGCUUUCUCCCCGUACCCGAUGGAGCUCGACCGCGGUUGAGAGCCUUCGAUUGCUUCAAGGACUUGAUUUUGUGCGGGUUUGAGAACUUGGGUAGAUCCUACUUGGUCUGCAAUCCGUUUACAAAGCAAUGGAUAGCCCUUCCUUUGGCCCCUAGAAAUCCAGAAAACGGGUAUGAUCGUUAUACGGUAGUGUUAGCUUGUCAGCCCCGUUGUACACAUAGCAGCAGCAGUAGUAGUAAUUAUAGUCUUGUGCAGCAGCUAGGAGACGAACCAGAACCAGAACCUGCAGCAGCAGCAGCCUUUAUUUAUUCCGAGUAUCGUUUUCGCGUGGUGCGUCAUUUAUCGAGUGGCACGAAUGUGAUACAGGACGUGUUUUGUUCCGAGUCUGGAGAAUGGAAGCGGAUUUUAAUGAGGAACUCCUCUCUAAGGCCAUGGACCAAUGCAGUUUGGUGGAACGGGCUCUUGUUUUGGAUGGAUCUUGAUCCCUCUUCCUUGCACUCGCAGCUUAUUGCAGAUGAUCCUUUCCGCCUAGAUAUACUCACCACCAAAGCUCUGCCCGUACCUUCUGCAUUGUGGAACCUGUUGUGCGAUGGAAGUGGGAAUAUUUCGGUCUCACAGGGCGCUCUGCACAUAGUUCUGUUGCAAGUUGAAGGUGUACGUAAUGGUUUGAGGAAUGCCUUGUGUGUUUGGAGACUGGAAAAAGAUGAUGACGAGCGUUAUCUGUGGAGAAAAAUAUAUGAAAUGGCGUUGAAGAGGACAUCCUCGUUGUGUGGUCAGUUUGAACUUGAGAACUGCUUUGUGCUUGAUCUGCAUCCUGAGAAGUCGGAAAUUGUCUACUUCAGAUACUUGGAGGAUCGUAUUUUCUCCUUCAAUUUGAGGACGGGGAAGGGAAAGCCCGAAUUCUUUUCUGGAGUAACACUAAUAUGCUCUCAGCCCACUUGGCGGGCGUUGCAGCCUAGAGUCUCUUGCUGGCCUACUCCUAUUCCAAGGUACGAGAACCUGCGAGGUGCAUACAAUGGAAGCUAUGAUUGUUGGGUUCAGAAAAGCACUAUGACAACUCCUCCCUCAACCAUUGGUAAUAAUUACUUCGAGUUCUACCUCUCUCCCUAG